AUGGAAGCUGCUAUUGAGAUUAGUUCUGGUAGUAGUAGUAGUAGUUAUAGUGAUAGUGGUAGUGAUGACGAGGUAUCAGAGCCCAUUAGGCAAGAACCUAGAACCAGGAGCAGUACCGCAGGGCUAUUUGGUAGCAGUAGCUUCCCUCAAAAGGGUUCCUCUGAGGUUAAUAAUAGUCAAGCUUCUAGCAGUGGUGCCCCAUCUCUCCCAAGAGACUCUAAAGAACCUACAGUGAGUGAGAAUGUUGUUUCUGGUGUGGUUAAUGAGAAUAUGCCUCCUCAACAAGCAAUGAAAAGGACCCUUCCACCCUCUUUUAAUCCGCCUCCUGCUCCUUCAAGAAGUGCUAAUAGUAUAAGUCAUGACAACGGGGGUGAUAAUACUACUAGUACAGAUGUAGGCAACAAGAAUACUACUCAAGCUUCUCGCAGUGUUGCAUCGAGUUAUAAGCCAAGAGACUCUACAGGGAAUGAGAAUGUUGUUUCUGGUGUGGAUGACAAGAAGCUGCCUGCUCAACAACCUAUGAAAAGAACCCUUCCACCCUCUUUUAAUCCGCCUCCUAAUCCCUCAAGAACUGCUAUAACUCAUGGAAACGUGGCAGAUUCUGCUGUAGGCAACAACAAGAAUGCUUUUGGUGAUGGUUACCGUGGAACUCAUGCUGACAUCGGAAUUCAGCGUGGCAUGAAUGGGGUUAGGAUCCUGCCUCCAUCUAUGACGCAUGGAGCAUCUGCUUCUCCUUUGCAUUAUGGUGGUCCAAGUGAUUCAAUGCACAGGGUUGUUGGGAUUGGUGGUGAAGACAGGAGUUCUGAGAACGAUGAGAGGCUCAUCUAUCAGGCUGCAUUACGGGAUUUGAAUCAAUCCAAGAACGAAAUGGAUCUACGUCCUGGUACUCUUUCAGUUUCUCUCAUGAGGCAUCAGAAAAUCGCAUUGGCAUGGAUGUAUCAGAAGGAAACAAGUAGUUUGCAUUGCUCGGGAGGGAUAUUAGCAGAUGAUCAGGGACUUGGUAAGACAGUCUCGACGAUUGCUCUUAUCUUGAAGCAAAAGUUCGAAUCACAAAUAAAAUCUGAAACUUCAAGCAAGCAAGAAGCUGAAAUACUGGACCUGGAUGCUGAUGAUGAGUCAGAAACUCCAAAGCAUGAAAGUGAAAGUCAUGUGAAACCAGAGGUCAAGGUUUCAAGCAGUCCAGAGACAAAGAAAGCCAAAGAUGAAGAAGAAGCGAGUAAUUUGAAACAGAAAUUUAACAGAAAGAGGCCAGCUGCUGGUACAUUAAUCGUCUGUCCAGCGAGUAUUGUAAGGCAGUGGGCAAGAGAACUUGAUGAGAAGGUUUCUUAUGAAUCCAGACUCUCUGUUUUAAUCUACCAUGGUGGUAAUAGGACCAAAGAUCCUAUUGAAUUAGCACAGUACGAUGUGGUUGUCACAACGUACGCUAUUGUGGCCAAUGAAGUUCCCAAAGAGUCAUUGGUGGAUGAUGGUGAGGAUGAUGAAAAGUAUACUGAAAACAAAGGCUUCUCCGACUAUAGGAAACGUAAAGUUGCAGAGGGUGCUAGUAAGAAGAGUAAGAAGAGAAAAGGCAUGGAUUCUUCUUCUUCUUUUGAUGCUGAUUGUGGUGCUCUGUCAAGAGUUGGGUGGCUAAGAGUAGUACUAGAUGAAGCUCAGACAAUUAAGAAUCAUAGGACACUAGUAGCAAGAGCCUGUUGCACUCUUCGAGCCAAAAGGAGGUGGUGUUUGUCUGGAACGCCAAUACAAAACACCAUUGAUGAUUUGUAUAGCUAUUUCAGGUUCCUUAAGUAUAAUCCGUAUGCCGUGUACAAGUCAUUUUACCAUACAAUCAAGGUUCCAAUCUCCAGAAACUCUCUUAAUGGUUACAAAAAGCUUCAAGCUGUUCUAAGGGCUAUAAUGCUGCGCCGUACCAAAGAAACGUUGCUUGAUGGGCAACCCAUAAUCAAUCUACCACCAAAGAAAAUUAAUAUGAGAAAGGUGGAGUUUUCUGUGGAGGAGAGGUCUUUCUACAAGAAGCUUGAAUCAGAUUCACGGCAACAAUUUAAGGCCUAUGCUGCUGCAGGAACUUUGAGCCAAAACUACGCAAAUAUUCUUCUGAUGCUUUUGCGUCUACGCCAAGCUUGUGACCACCCACAACUUGUCAAGGGAUAUAACUCAGAUCCUGUUGGAAAAGAAUCAAGAGAAGCAGUUAAAAGACUCCCUAGGGAGGCUCGAAUCAACUUGCUCAAUCGCUUAGAGUCAUCAUCUGCCAUCUGCAAUAUCUGUAAUGAUCCACCAGAAAACCCUGUUAUUUCGCUGUGUGGCCAUGUGUUUUGCUAUCAGUGUGUUUCAGAACAUAUCACUGGGGAUGAGAACGUGUGCCCUGUAAGGAGAUGCAGAGAAGACUUUGGGCGUGAUGUUGUUUUCUCUAAAUCUGCUCUUAGGAAUUGCCCCACCAAUGAUGUAGGUGGCAGUUCUUCACAGCGUAAAUCAUUUUCUCAGAAAAGCGAGUUUAGUUCAUCAAAAAUCAAAGCUGUCCUAGACAUUCUGCAGUCGCUUUCCAAACAAGGCAGUCGAAACUCAGCACAGCAGCCACAUGACGAUGACGACGAUGUUACCUUUGUAGAGCCAACGACUCUUCACUCAUCUUCACCUAGCCAGGGCCCAAUAAAGACGAUAGUGUUCUCUCAGUGGACUGCUAUGCUUAACUUUGUUCAGAUGAGUUUUAUUGAAAAUGGUAUAGAGUUCAGAAGAUUAGAUGGUACAAUGAGCCUAGCAGCAAGAGACAGGGCUGUAAAAGAAUUCAGCAGAGAUCCAGAUGUAGAGGUAAUGCUGAUGUCACUAAAAGCUGGAAACCUUGGGCUGAAUAUGGUAGCUGCAUGUCAUGUUAUUCUCUUGGAUCCUUGGUGGAAUCCAUCAACCGAAGAUCAAGCUAUUGAUCGUGCACAUCGUAUUGGACAAACUCGGCUAGUUAGUGUAACUCGUGUUACUGUAAAAGAUACUGUUGAGGAUAAAAUUUUGAAACUUCAGGAAGAGAAGAGGAAAAUGGUUGCAUCUGCGUUCGGUGAAGAACAUGGUGGAAGCUCUGCGACUCGUCUAACAGUAGACGAUCUCAAAUUUCUUUUCAUGGCGUAGAUCAACUGGCUCUCUGCGCUAUGUGUAGCCUUAUAGUGGCUGCUUAGGUUGCAUAGUAUUACUAUAUAUUGGAGAUUAUGCCCAGCGUUUUUUGAUCAGGAAGAAACCUCUUUGCUGCUUUUGUAACUGACAGUUCAAUACUGUGGCUCUCCUAGGAUAUUAA